ACUUCCAAAUCACAAUAUAUAUUUCACAAAUCCAUUGACAUUGCCACCCCCAAGUCAAUAUAUAUAUCACAAAUCCAAUGCGAUAACAGGCAUAAAAGCUCUUACCCCAACGAAAGCUUCAUCAGUUGUCCCACAAUCGUUGAGACAGUAACAUAAACGGACUGAAAUCGUCGUACUAUUUGGUUCUGGUUCUUCUUAGUUCUGUUACCAUAGCCAUGUCUGCCGAUCACGUUCUGGGAGGAGUUAGCCAGCUGGAGGGGAAUGCGCGGAAGGAGGCCCUCAAACUUCUGGAUGACACCCUCGCCCAAUUGGCCACCAAUGAUGGUCCGAGCUACAAGGCAGUAAAUGUGACCUCUGUGACAGGUCAGGUCGUGGCUGGAACUCUCAACACCUUCGAGGUAGAACUGGAUGACGGAUCCAGCAAAAGGCAGUGCACCGUGAAGAUCUGGACUCGGCCCUGGCUGAAGAAAGAUGGCACCAACAUCACUAUCAAGUUUGCCGGUGAAGAUGGCGAACUGGACCGCACUUGGUAACUUUUACCAUUACCCAUAGUGAUUAACUAAUGACUGUAAUGACUUUUAUAUUAUUAUUUAAAUUUGUUGAUUGUUUAUAUUGUGUUAUUUAUUUAUCGAAUUAUCAAAUGCCAAAUAAUAUUUAAUAAUAAAAAAUAAGAGUUCUACAAAAAGAACAACAAUGAGUACAUACUCUAAAGGUA